GUUGGGCUCUGACAGCAUGUUAUUGUGUUUGUGUGAAGGUGUGGGCUCUGCUAUGAAUCAGUGUGAGGAGACAGAGGAGGGAGUCCCUCCCUCUAAAACCACUCUGUGUGGGGAACAUGACAGCCAGACCAAAGCUCAGAGGUGAGAUGGGGAUCUCUAACUGUCCAUGACUCUUCUCCAUGUCACAGCUCAGCACUCACAUCACUCCACCAUCAUUAUUCACACUCAAAGCGCUGUGUGUUGUUGUGUUGAAGCCCUGAGCAGCAGCAGAGACCAGACGGUCCUGAACCUGAACCCAGCUGCGUGUCCAUCAGGAGCCACCAGUCCAUGGGUCCACCAUUGCACUUUAAAGGACAACAUCCUUCAGAGACUCAUGUGGACCACCGGACAGCAGACUCUCCUGUACCCAGCUGUGUGUCCAUGAAGAGUGACAUGUCCAUGUUUCGACCACUUUACUUUAGAGGUGGACACGACUCUGCUGAAGGAAGAGUUCAGCAGCAACAGUCAGAUGUUCUCAGUGGUCAGUAUGUCCAGCAGAAUCCAGCAGACCUGGACUCCAUAUUCAUGCAUCUUGAGGAGAACAUUGUCACUUUUGUGAAGAAUGAGCUGAAGAAGUUCCAGAAGGUUCUGAGUCCAGAUUACUCAGAAAGCUUAGAAAGGCAGACUGAGGAUGAGGAGUCAUUGGAUGGUGAAGAGCAGAGGACGAGCAGCAGAGACGCAUUUCUGAAGAUCACACUGCACUUCCUGAGGAGAAUGAAGCAGGAGGAGCUGGCUGACCGCCUGCACAGCAGAACUGAUGCUGCAGUUUGUCGACGUCAGCUCAAAUCGAAGCUGAAGCAGAAAUAUGAGUGUGUGUUUGAGGGGAUUGCUAAAGCAGGAAACCCGACCCUCCUGAAUCAGAUCUACACAGAGCUCCACAUCACAGAGGGAGGGACUGCAGAGGUCAAUGAAGAACAUGAGGUCAGACAGAUUGAAACAGCAUCCAGGAAAACCAGAAGACCAGAAACAACAAUCCAACAAGAAGACAUCUUUAAAGCCUCACCUGGAAGAGAUGGACCAAUCAGAACAGUGAUGACAAAGGGAGUUGCUGGCAUUGGGAAAACAGUCUUAACGCAGAAGUUCACUCUGGACUGGGCUGAAGACAAAGCCAACCAGGACGUCCACUUCACAUUUCCAUUCACUUUCAGAGAGCUGAAUGUGCUGAGAGAGAAGUACAGCUUGGUGGAACUUGUUCAUCUCUUCUUCACUGAAACCAAAGAAGCAGGAAUCUGCAGGUUUGAAGAGUUCCAGGUUGUGUUCAUCUUUGACGGUCUGGAUGAGUGUCGACUUCCUCUGGACUUCCACAACAAUGAGAUCUUGACUGAUGUCACAGAGUCCACCUCAGUGGAUGUGCUGCUGACAAACCUCAUCAGGGGGAAUCUGCUUCCCUCUGCUCGCCUCUGGAUAACCACACGACCUGCAGCAGCCAAUCAGAUCCCUCCUGAGUGUGUUGACAUGGUGACAGAGGUCAGAGGAUUCACUGACCCACAGAAGGAGGAGUUCUUCAGGAAGAGAUCCAGAGAUGAUGAGGAGCAGGCCAGCAGAAUCAUCUCCCACAUCAAGACAUCACGAAGCCUUCACAUCAUGUGCCACAUCCCAGUCUUCUGCUGGAUCACUGCUACAGUUCUGGAGGAUGUGUUGAAGACCAGAGAGGGAGGAGAGCUGCCCAAGACCCUGACUGAGAUGUACAUCCACUUCCUGGUGGUUCAGUCCAAAGUGAAGAACAUCAAGUAUGAUGGAGGAGAUGGGACAGAUCCACAGUGGAGUCCAGACAGCCAGAAGAUGAUUGAGUCUCUGGGAAAACUGGCUUUUGAGCAGCUGCAGAAAGGAAACCUGAUCUUCUAUGAAUCAGACCUGACAGACUGUGGCAUCGAUAUCACAGCAGCCUCAGUGUACUCAGGAGUGUUCACCCAGAUCUUUAAAGAGGAGAGAGGACUGUACCAGGACAAGGUGUUUUGCUUCAUCCAUCUGAGUGUUCAGGAGUUUCUGGCUGCUCUUCAUGUCCAUGAGACAUUCAACAAAUCUGGUGUCAACCUCCUGGCAGAAGAACAAUCAACAUCCUUGUGGUGUGGACUGUUUGGAGCCGAAUUAACACAUUUGCACCAGAGUGCUGUGGAUGUGGCCUUACAGAGUCCAAAUGGACACCUGGACUUGUUCCUCCGCUUUCUCCUGGGCCUUUCACUUCAGAACAAUCAGACUCUCCUACAAGGUCUGAUGAAACACACAGGAAGUAUCUCCCAAAUCAAUCAGGAAACAGUUGAAUACAUCAAGAAGAAGAUCAGUGAGAAUCUGUCUCCAGAGAGGAGCAUCAAUCUGUUCCACUGUCUGAAUGAACUGAAUGAUGGUUCUCUGGUGGAGGAGAUCCAACAGUUCCUGAGGUCAGGAAGUCUCUCCAUAGAUAAACUUUCUCCUGCUCAGUGGUCAGCUCUGAGCUUCAUCUUACUGUCAUCAGAAGAAGAUUUGAACAUGUUUGACCUGAAGAAAUACUCUGCUUCAGAGGAGGCUCUUCUGAGGCUGCUGCCAGUGGUCAAAGCCUCCAACAAAGCUCUGCUGAUUGGCUGUAAUCUGUCAGGGAGAAGCUGUGAAGCUCUGUGCUCAGUUCUCAGCUCCCAGUCCUCUAGUCUGAGAGAGCUGGACCUGAGUAACAACGACCUGCAGGAUUCAGGAGUGAAGCUGCUGUCUGCAGGACUGAAGAGUCCAAACUGCCAGCUGAAGACUCUCAGGCUGAGUGACUGUAAUCUGUCAGAGAAAAGCUGUGAAGCUCUGUCCUCAGUUCUCAGCUUCCAGUCCUCUAGUCUGAGAGAGCUGGACCUGAAUAACAACGAUCUGCAGGAUUCAGGAGUGAAGCUGCUGUCUGCUGGAGUGGAGAGUCCAAACUGUCAGCUGGAGACUCUCAGGCUGUCAGGCUGUAUGAUCACACAGGAAGGCUGUACUUCUCUGGCUUCAGCUCUGAGAUCCAACCCCUCCCAUCUGAGAGAGCUGGACCUGAGCUACAAUCAUCCAGGAGACUCAGGAGUGGAGCUGCUGUCUGCUGGACUGAAGGAUUCACACUGGAGACUGGACACUCUCAGGGUGGAACAUGGUGGAGAGCAGAGGCUGAAACCUGGUCUGAGGAAGUAUGCCUGUGAACUCACAGUGGACACAAACACAGUAAACAGAAACCUCAAACUGUCUGACAACAACAGGAAGGUCACAUUUUUGACAGAGAAGCAGCCUCAUCCUGAUCAUCCAGAGAGGUUUGACUGCUGGAAACAGCUGCUGUGUAGAACUGGACUGACUGGUCGCUGCUACUGGGAGGUUGAGUGGAGUGGAGGAGUUGAGAUAUCAGUGACUUACAGUGGAAUCACAAGAAAAGGAUGCACUGCUGAUUGUUGGUUUGGGUGGGAUCAUCAGUCCUGGAGUCUGAGGUCUUCUGAUGAUGGUUUCUCUGUCCGCCACGAUAACAGAAGUACAGAUCUCCCCUCCUCCUCCUCCUCUGUCUCUGACAGAGUUGCAGUGUAUGUGGACUGUCCUGCUGGCACUCUGUCCUUCUACAGAGUCUCCUCUGACACACUGAUCCACCUCCACACCUUCAACACCACAUUCACUGAACCUCUUUAUGCUGGAUUUGGGUUCUGGUCAUUCGGUUCAUCAGUGUCUCUGUGUUCAGUGUAGGAAGGAGAGUCUCCUCCUGUUAGAGAAACACACACACACUUUAGUUGUCGUCGUGUUAGAAACAAACUGGACUCAGUAAAACAGGAGCUGAGGAGACGCUAAAGGCAUGAACAUUUAAAGAAUAAAAGACAAGCAAAGAACAACAAAU